CAAAAAAUCUAGUAAAACGUGCUAAAAACAUUUUUUGGGGAAUAAUAGUUAAGAAAAAAAAGGAAGAAUAAAACUCUAUGAAAAUAGAAAAUAAUUAACAUAAUCAACCAAAAGUAUUCUUCACUGUUCCGAGAAGAUGUUGUCUAACUUUAUCAAAAAUUGCGGCUGCUGGAUAAUGUCCCAAAGCUCGCAAUUUAGUCAAGUGUUAACCUCACAAAAUCCAGGUUUUAUCAAAACUCAAGAAAUUAAAAAUCAAAUAAAGGUAUUUAAAGAAAUUUUGGCAGUAAAUGGAAUAGAACUUUCGUUAAGUGACGAACCGCAUGUUCUUACGCAAGAACAGGCAUUAGUUGUGAGAGAUUUAGAGAAAUAUUUGGAUAAAUCGGAUCGCCCUUUUAAGAAUUUUGUAGCCGGUUUAAAGUUAAUGUGCAAGAAAGAAAAGUAUUUCCGAAAAGCAUUAGUAUUAACAAAACUUAGAAAGAAUAAUAGUAAUGAAGCACUUAGUGGUACGCAGCAAAAAAAUGAGCAAGAAAGUUUGUUUAGGAUUUUUUUAAAAGUACCAAGUCUCCAAACUGAUGUGUUCGAAAUCAUUUUUGAUGAAAUUACAUCGGUAUGUUCAGAUUCUUCAGAUGACACUUCAUGGUUGCAUUUAUUGUUAAACACUCUUCGCUAUUUACCUUAUGUGAAGGAUCCCGAACAAUUAACAACAAAAUUGAUUGAUAUCUUAGAAAUAGCUACAUAUCCUGCUCAAUUAGAGAUAUUAGACACUAUUCCAGAAAUUAUACCAGACAGUCAAUCCAGUGAAACUACAAAACAGUUAUGUAAAUUGUUAGAUGAUAAAGACGAGUUGACUGGAGCCAUAAUAGAUUGUUUAAAUGCUUUGGAUUUGGAUAAUGAAAUGAGAACUGAUGUUCAAAAUAGGAUAUUAGAUAGAAUAAGCAGUGGGACCUCUUUGAAAGAUUUCCCAAUUUUGCUAUCAUUCCUGAUGACUGACUGCAAAUCACAAAACUCAGUACCAGUUCUUCUAAAAAUUCGUAAUGCUCUUGAUUCCAUAAUGGUAACCAUACAGAAAACCAAAGAAAAAGAAACCUCAAAAAUACUUAUCUUUAAUAAGUUGCAAUCAUUUACUCUGUCUUCAAAAGCUAUAUCAGAGGCAUGGCUUAAUAUGAUAUCAAGUAUAAGAUCACAUAGCGAUCACAGGCCAAUUGAUUAUCUCAUAAUGUUCAUGUUGUACAAUAUUGUGCCCUUCAAAAAGCGAAUAAUUGAAGCUAUUUUUAAAAAAAGAGUUCAUGCUGGUCUAUUUAAAAUUAAUUUGCUAGAGAAAAUGUUUGAAAAAUAUCUACCCCAACAACUAUUGAAGGACUACUUUACUUCCAUUGUUGAAAUAGGUUGCACUUUAGUAAAAACCGCCUCUAAUGAUCAAAUUGUUAAAGAAUUUUCUUCUACGUUAUUUAAGCUCCUCUUUAAUCACGAGUACACAGAGUCCAUUUAUAGAAGAGAAAUACUUAACAGUCUAAUAGUACUUACUGGAGCUAGUGACAAAAAUAUUGUUAGCAACGUUUUGAACAUUAUAUCGUCGUUUUUAAGUAACAGUGACAAGUUAGAACAGCAUAUAAUAAUAUUAACAAGGUUAUUGGAGAAAUUAGAUACUUUACAACCAAGCGAUGUUAAAGUAGUAUUUGAAAUAUUGUGUACUUUAACCUGCGGUCCAAAUGCCGAUGCCUCUAUGUCCGGAGUCCAAAAUGAAAUUCAUAUUAUUGUUAGGAAACAGUUGUGCAGUACAAAAAAGUCUAUAAAAUACAGGGGAAUAAUAUCAGCUGUAGUAAUGGCACGUAGUAUAGCCAGAAUUUCAGACAACUCAGAUACGUCAUCUUUGCCAACAACUCCCAUUAAACAUUUAUCAGACCUGCCGCAAGGACGAGCUAGAGAAGCGGCUACUCUUUUAGAACUCGCUAACACUUGUAGUAUGGGCAAUCCUGACUUGAUGGGUCUCUAUUACGACCAACUGGCCUCAAUGUUGAUUGCAAACUAUCAUUUGGACAAGUUUUUCUUGGCUUGGUUGUAUGAGACAAUUACUGGUGAUUUUAGAAAAUUAUAUAUUUCGGAGGUUAUUCCACCCCCGGUAAAUGAUAUAGAGAUGAGUUUGCAGUACAUUCUUAACAAUCCGCAAGAGGUAGAAACUCCAAUGGGCAUAAAUAUAAGUGGUUUAACUUUGAACAAAAACCCUACUAUAUUAGUUUUAUCACCCCAUUUUCGAUUACUAAGACUACUUCACUAUCGACAACAGGACGGUAAACUAUCUACCAUCGAUGCACUGUUAGGUUGUGCCAUUAUUUUACCAACAGUCGAUGAUGUAGAAGAUCUAGAAUCAGAUCAAAUAAACCAAGUUGCCGACUGCUUUUUUCACUGCGCCAACUGGUUUAGGGAAUUGAUAAGCGGAUUUGUAACGCAAAAGGACAAAACACUGAGAUCCAAAGUUGUCAAACGACUUAAAAAUCUCAUCGAAAUUGAAAACAAACUCAGGCUGUGUAUAAGAAAAGCUCCGGACCACAAGUUCCCUGCAAGCUAUUUCGAUUUAAGUUUAGAAGGAAACAAAACACUUCCGGCUAUAGCUAAAACUGAUUCAAAAGGUAAAAAUCCUAAAAAGAAAGUUAAAUCCGCCGCCACUGUGGAACUUGACGAAACUGCUAAUACGACGGCACAUACACAAGCCACUCAAGUUAAAAAGAAAUCCUCUGUAUCUAAAAUUAGCCACACAGAAAGUAACAUACACUUCAGAGAUUUGGAUACAGAUGUGGUAAUAUUAUUAAAGUACCCAUUGAAAUUAGAACUAGAUGAUUCGACUGAAUCAUCAUCUAGCACUCAAACGAGUAAAACAACUUUGGAUUUAGACCAAUUAAAAUUUCUUCUGAAAGAUUUAGUUGCUAAAUUAGUUGUUACAACUCAAAGUAAAAAUAGCGGAUUGUCCCACCUAAAUGAAGUAAUACCGCUGCAUAUUAUGACAGACAUCGGAUUUGUUUUGCCGAAUCUAGAUUCACAUCUGAAGAUUAUAUUGAACAAAAUAAAUGGAUUGUUGGAAGAAAUAGAUGGUAGAUUGGACCUUCCAGAAAUGUUUAUGCCAGCGGCUUUAGAUUUUAAAAACUGUUUCGGAUUGAUUAUGGAAGCCUUUUUAUUAAUUUUCAGCUGGACAGGUUUUCAACAUUCCACUAAUCUAGAGGUAUUGAAAAAUAUGCUAAAAAGCAUCCGUUCAAACGAACAAUCCCAAUCACUACGCUCGGCACAUCGUUUAAUUAUCGAAUUUAUAAAUCGUCUUGCUGGAUAUAUAGAGCAGUGCUUAGAACUACAACAUGCUGUAUAUUUAAUCAAAACUAUGCAAGCUCUUUAUUCAGUAACCAAUCCAGCUCCUGAAAUCGAAAAGAAAAUUUCUUCUGUAUCAGAAAAAUUACUUUCAAAAAGAUGGUACAAUCAAAAGGGAGUCUUGGACAGCGGUAGAAACGCCAAUUUGAAUAUAGACGUUUUGAUAAAAACGUACUUGAACACUGCCAAUGUGGAAACUAUAGCUGGUUUAGUAGGAACUCUACAAGACGAAGUUGAAAUGUUGAAAUCAAAAAAUGACUGUUUACCCAUGUUGGAAAGCAUCGAUAAGCAAAAUUUUCACGUGUUCUAUAAUGGAUUAUGCAGCGCAUUACUUAACAGAAUUAAAUCUGAAAUUCAAUCAUUAACCAACGAUCAACAUUUGGAACUUUGGUACAACACAACACUUACGAUGCAAGGAUUGAUGACGGUGGUAAAAAAACAAGAAGCUAAGAUAAACCUAGUUUGUUUCUUAAAGAAAUCUAUUGGUAUAUUGAAAGUAUUCUUAUCUCAUGGUAUACCUAUGAUGGAAUUAAUGUUAAGAUCUAAUCCGGACGAAGUAGUGGCCAUUUUUAAAACGUUGCAGACCAGCACCAGGUUUUUACAUCACCUGUGUUGUUACACCAAGUUCAAUAAGGACGCUAGUCUUAUGGCUUUUGUUCCCCAAUUUAGAUUAACUUUGGAGUCUCUAAUAUACAGGGUUAAAGCAGCCUUAGUGGCCAAUAAUUGCUCGACAGCCUUCUGGAUGGGAAAUUUACGAAAUAGAGACUUACAUGGUGAAGAUAUUUUGUCGCAAAGUACAGUUAUGACAGAUGAUAAUAAUGCCGGUAACGAUGAAGCACUUCCAUCUGAUGAUAGCGAUGAUGGUCUUAUAAUUGCAACACAAGAUAGUGAUAAUCGUUCAGUUAGCAGUGAAGUAUUUGAUUAACACCUAACAUUAAUAUAAGUUUUAAAUGUGAUAUCACUUACUGAAAUUGAAUAAUUUUAUAGUUUUUAAAUUGUUAAUUACUUAAUAAAUUCUUACCUUUUCUGUCUGGUUGUAAUUU